CCUUCCCCAACAUCUCCGGACCAGACCCAAUGGCUCCAUCAAAGCCCGACGAACCUCCCUUCUACUACCCGCUCCCCCCGUCUUCCCCCAACCACCCCCAAAACUACGUCGUCUUACCCGUCUACAUCCCCGCCACCGCCACCGCUCCCCCCCGCCGCCGCAUCCUCUGGGCCGCCGCGUUCCUCUUCCUCGCCGUCGCCGUCUACUUCCUCUACCCCUCCGACCCCGACCUCAAAAUCCUCCGCCUCCGCCUCGACCGCAUCCACGUCCAGACCACCCCCUUCAUCGCCAUCGACGUCACGUUGGGCCUCACCGUGAAGAUCCGCAACGUUGACUUCUACUCCCUCGAUUACAGGUCGCUUACGGUAUCGAUAGGGUACAGAGGGAAGCAGCUAGGGUUCGUGACGUCGGACGGCGGUCACGUGAGGGCGAGGGGGUCGUCGUACGUGGACGCCACGCUGGAGCUCAACGGAGUUGAGGUGAUAUCGGAUGUGAUCUUGUUGCUUGAGGAUUUGGCUAGGGGUUUGGUCCCGUUCGAUACGGUUACGGAGGUUCGUGGCCGGCUUGGGGUGUUCUUCUUACAGCUUCCUCUCAAGGCAAAAGUGUCGUGUGAGGUUAAAGUAAACAUUCGCAACCAAACAAUUAUCCGUCAGAAUUGUUACCCCAAGCCAUCAAUGUAAAUGCUUCAAUUACUCAGCAGGGCACGAUGUGUCAUACUGAUACUAAAUGUUUCUUUGACCAGUGAUGAACAUGGAGGUGGAGCCGAGGUAAAUGGUUCGGUGGUGUUGCUGGUCCCGACAUAUAUGCAUCGAGACGGUUUCUGGUAUGUGAAAUCCAGAAUGCGUUUGUGUACUAUAACAACAAUAAAACUAUUGGAGAGUGAAUAUCAAUUCAUCAUAUAUGUAUUGUUUCCAUGUAAAUAUUUCCCAUGACAUGAAAGAUAUGUGCUAGUCCUGCAACUCUUGAAUCUUAUAACUAUAGACUUCUGUUA